AUGUCGUAUGGACCAUCUCCAACCACAACCUUUCACUCAAAGACAUAUCCAGCCCUGUCUCCGACUCGACCAGAAUUAUCAGCAAAAGGUAAAAAUGUCAUUAUUACCGGAGGUGGUACAGGAAUAGGCGCCGAAACUGCUCGGUAUUAUGCUCAAGCAGGAGCAUCUCGAAUUGCUAUCCUAGGUCGCCGAGAACAGCCUCUUCUGGAGACUAAAGAGUUGAUCGAGAGGGACCAUGCGGGAAUUGAUAUUUUCGCUCUAGUCACCGAUAUAACGAGUAAAGAUCAGGUCAAUGCGGCGUUCUCACAGUUUGCCGAAGGCGGCCAAAUACAUGUGUUGAUUAGCGGUGCUGCUGUGACCGGCCCUCAAGGUGCUGUCAAAGAUGUAGACAGCGUCAAAUUCCUUGAAGCUAUUCACCAGAAUAUCCAAGGCUCCCUACAUGUUGCACAAGCCUUCCUCCAAUAUUGUUCAAACGAUGCAGUAGCUAUCGAAAUCAAUUCUUCUGCCGCAUAUCUCGAUUUUGGGCCAGAGAUAGCUUGCUAUAGUGUCGCAAAGCUCGCGGUAUUUCGACUUUGGGAUUCUGUAGCAGCUGCACAUCCAGAUAUUCGAGUCUUUCAUGUUCAGCCUGGCGUUAUAGAUACGCAAAUGUCCCAAGAAGCAAGAGGCGAUGUCCCUCUGGACUACGAGGAUGAUGCAAGCUUUAAUCUAUGGCUUGCAAGCUCCGAAGCAUGCUUCCUGAACCGCAAGUUUGUUUGGGCAAACUGGGACGUGAAUGAACUGAAAGCUCAAUCGAAGGAAAUUGGAAACGGUAGCAAGCUCGAUAUUGGACUGAUAGGAUAG